AUUCUGAAUUAUUUCGCGAUCGAACCUCGCCGAGGUAACAAUGCGAGUCUACGGGUGCUUGGCGAUAUUUUUUGCGACAAGUUGUUUGUCGAAUGGGUCGCAAAGUUUGGAAAUUCCGCCGUAUUUGAAAAUAUGCCACCGGAGUGAUCCAAACUUGAACGAAUGCGUCAAGCAGAGCGUGAAUUUGUUGAAACCGUAUUUAAAGGAUGGUAUCGAGGCUCUUCGAAUUCCACCCUGCGAACCUCUACAUUUGUCGAAGAUAGAAAUCAAUCAGUCUUCUGGUCCGAUCUACAUCCACGCGACAUACACAAACAUCUCCAUCUUCGAUGGCACAAAUAUUGUACCUAAAGGCAUCAAAGUCGACUUGGACAAAAAUCGAAUGCGGCUGAAAUUCCACAUUCCACGCUUGAGGAUGAUCGCGAAUUACAAUUUGAAUGGAAGAAUAAUGCUGCUGCCCAUCGUCGGAAAUGGCAUCGGACACGGGAAUUUCACGGACAUCGACGCCAUUAUCACUCUUCAAAUGGAACGCUACCGGAACCGUGAAACCGGACAGAAUCAUCAACGCGUCGGCGACAUUUACGUAGACUUCGAGAUGGACCACGCGUCCAUGCACUUGGACAAUUUGUUUGACGGCGAUCAGACGCUCUCGGCGGCCAUGAAUCUUUUCUUGAAUGACAAUUGGAGGACCGUGGUGGCGGAGAUCAAGCCAAAACUCGAAGAGAAAAUCGGCGAGCUGAUCAAAGACUUCACCAAUACGAUUUUCUCGGAGUUCCCCGAAGACGUGUUGCUGCCACCCUGAAAAUGAAUUUAUAAAUAAUUUCUAACUAUUGAAAAAUAUUUUUAGAAUACACAACUUAAAGUAGAAUGUACUUUUUUAAGUGUUUCAGGCGUGUACAUUUUUUUGUAAUAUUUUUCUUAUAAGAA